AGGAAUACGAGACUGCGAAAUGGAUUACAAGCGGAUAUUAUUUUUGUUCACCAUUGCUGCUUUGCUUUUAUGCAAUUUUGUGAGAGGAGAUGAAACGGAAACAGAAGUUGUGAAGGAGGAACCCAAAUCCGCUGAACUUUUGGAAGAUGGAGUGACUGCUCAAGCGGAUUCUACAGAUGAGAAUGUGAGGAAAGUGCGUCAGUAUUUCGGACCACCACCCUUUGGACCUCCACCACCGCCCUUCUUUGGACCACCGCCACCACCCUAUUAUGGCGGUGGUUUUGGAGGCGGUUAUGGCGGUGGUUUCCAGAGAACUCGAGUGGUUACCCGCACUCGUUAUCGCGGUCGCGGUGGUUACUACGGCGGUGGCUUCUAUGGUUAAUCCGUUGCUGUGAAUUUUAAUAAUCAGACUAUGUGAUACUUUUUUUGUACUGCCUCUUCAAGGUGCAAUAAAAUUUUUAACGUUAUGCAAGUCCCUUCAA